AUGAAAAUAAUACUGAAUAUGAUCCACAAAAGGUAUGUAAUAACGUGGGUUCUUUUGAUCAUUGUCCUAGAAAAGAUUUUGAUUCAAGAUAUGAUUGGCAUGGUGGAUUUGUAAAAAAUGUUUCAGGAAAUAACAAGGGAGUACUCAUGCCUCCAAGAAGAAGAAAAUUAUGCCUCUUACAUAUCAAAUACGGUAAUAGAAGAAUAAAUAAUGAGGAAAAAUUAAGAAAUGAACUUCUUAAAGCUUCUUCUGGGGAAUCACAAUCUUUAUUUAAAUUUUUUCAAAUAAAAGAUUCCAAUUCAUUUGUAUCUAUAAAGUAUAGUUUUGCUGAUAUAGCAGACAUAGUAAAGGGAACAGAUAUGAUGGAUAGUCAAACUUCAAAAUAUAUAAAAAGCAUAUUUGAUAAAGAAAAGAAAACUGAUCCUAAGGAUUGGUGGAAAAAUAAUAGAGAAAGUAUAUGGGAGGCAAUGAUGUGUGGACAAAAUGGUAAAAAAAAAGAUGAAAAAUUUCCAGCACAUGAUAACAUUGAUGAAAUACCUCAAUUUUUUCGAUGGUUUAGAGAAUGGGCAACAAUGUUUUGUAAAGAAUAUGAAACGGAAAUGCAUUACUUAUCAUCAGUAUGUAUUCCAAAGAAAAAUAAAAAUCCAACAGAUUCAUCUUCCGAUGAAUCUUCGAGAGAAACGAAAUGUGAUAAUGCCAUAAAAAAUUAUGAAAAAUGGUUUAAUACAAGACGUCCUGAGUGGAUUGAUCAAAGCACCAAAUAUAAUAGGGACAAAAGUACAUAUGAACAUGCAAAAGAAUUAUCACCUGAAGAUUAUUUAAAAAAACAAUGCCCUGAGUGCCUUUGUACGAAAUCAAAAAUUACUGAUCUAUUUGAUAAAGAAUUUGAUAAGGAAAAGUUAUUAAAGUUAUUAAAGGAAAGGGCAUCCAGUCAACAAACGACAUCUGUCACUUCUGUGGAAACUGCACGAGCAGAAUCUCCAAAUACUACUGUUAAUGAAGGACAACACGUUGAAGAAAACGCACAUCAAGGUACUGCUACAGCUCCAAUAUCUGCUCCUUCAACAUCAGAUAAUUCCUCACAUUUGCCAUCAAUAAAAGAUUUGCAGGUUCCUGCAACUAAUAAUGAUCCUUAUGAACGUAUUUUAGGAUGGGAAUUCGGUAAUGUGAAUGUUCCUGGUACAAAUCCUUAUAUUUCUUCUAAAGAAAGUGAUUCUUUGGAAUUAAUAAAUUUAACCUCAUGGGAUAAAGAAGAUAUAAUCAAACAAAAUGAGGAUGUAAAAGAUGAAAUAGAAGAACAGCAGCAAGAAAAACAAGAAGAUGAAGAAGGAUUUGAAAGUGAUUUAAAUGAAGUAGCAGAAACGAACGAAGAAGAUCAAGAUGAAAUUCUGGAAGAAGAUGAAGAAGAUGAAGAAGAUGAAGAAGAAGAAGAAGAAGAAGAUGAGGAUGAAGUAGAAGAAAAUAUUGAAGAAGAGAAAGAAAAAAAAGAUAGGGAAAACACAGAAUCGGAAAAACAAGAAAAGGAGGUAAAAGAGAGUGAACAACAUACGGAAAAAGGAAAGGAAGGAAAAAAAGGUUCAACGAGAGAUGCAGAUGAACAUCAAAUACUAUCAGUAAAUUAUAAGAACAAUAAUGACUUAAGAAAAGGUGCCGAAACUAUAGUAAAAAAAUUAUUUAGUUUAUUUAAUGAAAAUAAUAAUUUAGAAACUAUGUUUAAAGAUUUGACAAAAGAUAUGACAAGUUUGUUUCAACAAUAA